AUGUCGGUCCCUGCUACUGUACAGGAGAGGCCCUCAGGGGCAGCAGCAGCAAUGGGCUCGUCCAAGGUGUUGAGCAAGCAGGCUCUUCGGAGGAAGUACAGGGAGAUACGGGAAGCAAUCGAUCAGACGAUCGAUUUGAUACCGGCCCAUCAGUAUCUCCAGACGGUCACCUUUGGAGACUCGCCCUUGACAAUACAGGAGGCGGGUGGACAUGGAAGGCAGUUGGAGCCUCGAAAUGUGAAGGGCACGACUAGGGUGUUGGAGGAAGUACUUAGUAAACGGAAAGUUGAGCAAGAGAGGGCUUCUGGUGUGAAGAAAAAUACCAAAAAGAAGAAGGCUAAAGUCACUCGUCCUGUUUCUGGCGCGGAACUUCGAGAAAAACUUCAUGCUAAGAUCGAAGCCCUGAGGGAGGCUCGGGAGUCGCAGAAGGAGUGGAAGAAGGCUGCGAAGGAAACAGAGGAGGAUGAGGACGCUGGUGAUGCUAAGAGGCUCCGAAGGGCUAAGCAGAAGGCGGCUGCGGCGGAGCGGAAGAAGAAAGCCAAAAAUGGUGGGAAGAAGAAGGCUGAGAUGAAGGCAGCAAUAGCGGCUAAGAGGAAGGAGAGGGAGGAGGGGGAGGAGAAGGCUAAUGUGAAGGAGGAUCUUGACUUUAGCUCAUUUAACUUCAAGAAGAGAGCAGCUGAUGUCGAGGAGCACAAGGAGAAGAAGGUCUCCAAGCGGCAGCGUCUAGAUAGGGAGAUACAAGAAGCUGAGAAGGAGCGGCAACAGAUUGCCCAGGCCUCCUCUGCUGAGGAGAGAGUUAAACUGAGUCAAGACAAGGCUAUUGAAAGGGCGAUGAAGAGGGCCGCUGGGGAGAAGGUCCAUGAUGAUGUGCAUAAGUUGAGGAAAGCUCAGAAGGCUAUUGAUAAGAAGAGGAACAAAUCUCGUGAAGAGUGGGCGGCUAGAAGUAGGGAAGUGAAGGAGAAGCAGGCAGCGGCUCAGGCGAAGCGGAAGGAGAAUAUACAGAAGUACCGCGGAAAGAAUGCUAGGAAGUCUUUGAUGGGGGCAGAGAAAAAACCAAGUGAAGUGGUCAUGUCGGGCGUCUUGUUCUGUCCGACGUGUGGCAACCUACUAGUCUUACAAGCUGGCCAUGAUACGAUGAAAUACUGGUGUCGGACAUGCCCCUACCUGUUUCCUAUCUCAGAGAAGCUCACGCAGAAGGAGAUACUACACAAGGAAGUGGUUGAGGAUGUCCUUGGGGGUCCUGAUGCAUGGAAGGAUGUUCAACAAACUGAAGCUGUUUGCCCGGCGGACGGCUGUGACUCUAACCGUGCUUACUUCAAGCAGAUGCAGAUCCGAAGUGCUGAUGAGCCAAUGACGACCUUUUAUCGCUGCGUAAAAUCACAAGAACAUGCACGUGCCGAGGGAGCGGUGUGUGGGCCGGAGAUGUAUCAUAAGGUGGUUGACUCGGAGGCUUAUGGAGAGGCAAGUCGAGUGGCUGCUCACGUGUGGCAGAAAAUCUUUAGCAACACUACACGUUGUGUUGAAGAGGGUAAGUAUAUGGUAGAAGAGAAGUGCCUCAAGAGACCCGAGGAAGGUGCAGAGCUGACUGUUGAGGACGCUGCCUUUGGAGUUGAUGAUGAGAAGAUUAGGAAGGGCACUAGGUCUGUGAGACUGGGUGAUGGCAGCUCGAGUGCUGAUACAGUUGAGGUAGUACAUGAUGUAGUAAACGAGAGGAAAGCUGGUAGACGCAGUAACACGGUGACAUUAGGCAAUAGUGUCACCACUGUUUGGAGUGGUGAACAGUAA